AUGGCAAACUGUGCUAGUGGUGCUCUGUACAUAGUAGGAUUCGCCGAAACUGUAAAACAACUAUUGAUCGAAUCGGGAAUUACAAUUUUCGAUGGAGAUGUAUGGGAUAUUCGCCUUGUGUCUGUAGUUACGACGAUUGUUUUGAUGGCCGUCAUCGUUGUGUCGCCUGCACUUGAGAGUAAACUACAGCAAAUACUUCUAAUACCCCUGAUCCUGUCCGUUCUCAGCUUUAUCAUCGGAUCAUUCAUUUCUACCAAGAACAAAGUUAUUCAUGGAUAUACUGGAUAUAAGUGGAAAACUUUGGAACAUAAUAUGCUACCCGAUUUUCGAAGUGAACACAACUUUUUCUCCGUCUUCUCCGUGUAUUUCCCUGCAGCCACUGGUAUCAUGGCCGGAGCCAAUAUUAGCGGACACCUUAAAAAUCCCCAAGCAGCGAUUCCACGUGGAACAUUAGCUGCAAUUGCCGUUUCUACAGUUGUCUACACAGCAUUCGCCCUAGUAGCCGGAGCAACGUAUGCUCGAGAUGCGGAUGGUGUCAAUGAAGCCGAUCAAGACAAUCCACCAGAUUGCUACCUGAACGCUACAUGCCCAUUUGGACUUCAUAACUACUACCAGAUGGUGACGGUAACGAGCGUUUGGCCACCGUUGAUCACUAUCGGUAUUGUUGCCUCUUCCUUGUGUUCAGCUAUGGCUAGCCUUGUCGGUGCGCCCAGAGUAUUUCAGGCCGUAUGUGCAGACAGAAUAAUUCCAAAACUCGAGUUCUUUGCUAAAGGAUAUGGUAAAGGAAAUGAUCCUCGACGUGUUUAUGCCCUGUCGUUCGUCAUUACUGUCACUAUCGUGAUGAUCGGUAAUCUGAACGUCAUUGCACCUUUCAUUUCGAAUUUCUUCCUGUGCGCAUACGCUCUCGUGAACUACGCCUGUUUCACCGCGUGCUUAUCGCAAACUCCAGAAUUGGCGAAUUAUUUCAAUGUGCAUCUGGCUUGCCCAUGUAAGUACUACAGAUCCCUUGGAAACAUAGCAAUCUUGUUGGUUCUUGUAUUAAGUGGAGCACCACAUGAAAGGUCAUCUCUGGUCCAAUUGGCCUAUAGUAUCACACGAGGAGCAAGCUUGCUAGUGUGUGGAAACGUCAUACAUGAACCGAGUACCGAAGAAAUGAGUAAACAAUUGGCAACAGCUCGCAAAAUUGAAGAAAUGUCACAGGCAGCAUUACGAAGGCAACAUAUCAAAGGUAUCUGUAAGGUGGUCGUGGCUCCCUCGCUGGAAACCGGUUGUAUGAUGCUCUAUCAGACCUGCGGAUUGGGUCGUAUGUCGCCGAACAUCGUUUUACUUGGUUUUCUGCAGAGUGAAGCGAAAGAUCGAAGAGCUGUCAAGCUGGAGACCAGAAAUGCAUAUCUGCGGAUCAUCCAACACGCAUUCUACAGCGGCAUGGGUGUGGCCAUUCUUAGAAGUAACCCGAAAAAUCCGUUCGAUGAUCUAUCAGCACCCCCUCUGGACACUGAUAGCACGCAGGGAUCAACCACAACUGGUACAACCGGUAAUACUGAGUUGGGAAUCAUAACGAACAAGAAAUUCACUAUAGACGUCUGGUGGCUUAGUGAUGAUGGUGGUCUGACGCUUCUUGUGCCCUAUCUCCUUACCCUCACAGGGAGCCGUCUCAAGGGAGCCAAUCUACGUGUUUUCACGAUAGCUCCUGAGGGUGAGUCGGUCUCCACCGAAGAAAAACGGAUGGCAUCGUUGCUGGAGAAGUUCCGUAUCCAGUAUAGCUAUCUCCAUGUAGUACCAGCGUUCACAAAACCGGACGAGAAAACGAAAGAUCAGUUCUACAAGACGUUAGAGCCGUUUCUGGGCGAAGAGGAAGACGGUAUGAUUUCUAAGGAUGAACUGACUAGAAUGAGUAACAAGAUUGCCCGACAUAUUCAAACAGGGACAUUGUUACGGAACUUUUCCUCAAAAGCAGAUUUAGUCGUUGUGUGA